AUGCCGGUGCCAAUGCCUGAACGCAAACCAUGCAGGUGCUUGUGCUUGCCUGGUAUUCUCCUGUGUCUAUAUUUGGUGCGGUUGCAGCCCCGGCGCAGCUUUGGACUUGCACAAGAUCCUUCGAGACUUCGCUUGCUGCGUGAGAAGGCAGGAAUUAAUCUACGCACGAGGAUAAGCAAUCCGAACAUGACCUACAGCAAAGAGUCCAAGAGUCUAUUGUCCAGGAUAGCCGAGGCAAGAGAUCGCGGAGAUUGGCAAUCUGUCUUGGGCCUGUUUCGAAAAUAUGGUGGCAAAGAGCUUCCUGUGUUCCAUGCAGUGCUUCACACUGCCUUCAAUUGUGGUCAGUACAAGGAGGGAGCAAAGAUCUAUACUCGACUACAGAAUCUGAACAUCACGCAAGAUGGGGCUGCGUAUGCCACUGCUCUCAAGUUGUUUGCUAAGUUGGGUGACACUGCCCGCGUUCGUGACAUCUGGAAAGAGGCCAGAAGCAACUGUCUGCUUGAUGAGCCAUUGGCAGCGGCCCGCAUCGAUGCAGCUGCUGCAGAGGGUGACAUUCAGGUCGCCGCUGAGAUUUUGGACGAGAUGAACCGUACUGGUGUUCGGAUUAACAUUGCGCACGUAACAUCUGCCAUCCGUGCUUGCUGGGAAGCUGCGGGGUCGAGCCACAACGCAGCCGAGUUCUUACUGAACAUGUCGUUGGAGCUGGGCCUUCAGCCAAACAUUGCGACGUUUACGUGUCUUAUGGGAGCUUACUCAGGUGCUAGAUUGGAGCAAGUCCUGGACGCAUAUGGACUUAUGCAAAGCAUGAAGGUCGAAGCCAACAAGCCUUUCACGGAAGUGUACUUAACGACUGUCCUCAACGUAAAGAGAGGAGAAGGGCGACUCAUACGAUCUGUCCAGGAUACCUUGGCUUUGUUACGCGAUUGCCCACCCGCCAGAUUGGAGGCUGCAAGAGCCGCGGUAGCCGAUUUCCGGGCAGCGAAUAUCGACAUUGCUUCGUUGGGCCGAAGAUUUGUACGUGCCUUGAAGCUCUUGGAGCAAGACGCCAAAUGA